UGCGCUCUGCUGUGUGCUCUGGCUGCUCAACAAAGGCUGGAGAGAAUAUGCAAAGCCCUAGCAGCCCCCAGGGCCGCUGUUGCCCGUCCCCUCCCUCUUCCCCAGUCAGCGAAGCAAAGAGUGACGGGGCUAGAAACAUGUGGGUGUUCGGAUAUGGCUCUCUCAUCUGGAAGGUGGAUUUUCCUUACGAGGACAAGAUGGUAGGAUACAUCACGGGCUACAGCAGGAGGUUCUGGCAAGGCAGUACGGAUCACCGUGGAGUGCCGGGCAAGCCUGGAAGAGUUGUGACACUUAUUGAAGAUCCUGAGGGUUGUGUAUGGGGUGUUGCAUACAAACUGCCAAUAGGACAAGAAGUUGAAGUAAAAGCCUAUCUUGAUUUUCGAGAGAAGGGUGGAUAUAGGACUACAGCUAUUGUCUUCUAUCCCAAAGAUCCUGCAGUGGAACCUUUUAAUGUGCUAUUAUAUAUUGGAACCUGUGAAAACCCUAACUACCUCGGACCUGCACCCCUAGAAGAAAUUGCCGAACAGAUUUUUAAUGCAGUUGGUCCUAGUGGAAGAAAUACAGAAUACCUAUUUGAACUUUGCAAUUCCCUCAGGGAUCUUGUACCAGAAGAUGUGGAUGAACAUGUUUUUGCUUUAGAGAAACUGGUAAAGAAACUAUUGGAACAAGAGCAAAACAAACCUGUAUAACAGUCGCUUUGCAAACAGUUUCUUCUGUUCAUUUCUCAAAUUUGAAUAACUUAGGCCUAAUUUAAGUUGAAGGGAAACUUUCUUAACUUUAAAUUAUUAGAUUUUGUUUUCCUUUCUAAAAAAAGUUUUGAACUAGAUUCUUCACUUAGGUAUGGAUGCAGUCCUAUGCACAAAAGGAAGUCCUUUCAACAAAGAAAGAAAUGCAUAGGAUUGAGUGAUGUGUGUUGACAUAAAUGUCAGUAUAUUCCUUCAAAAAUGUUCCCAAUGGGAUUUGUGGAUUACAGCACUGAGAGAAAAAUUCUUUGUACGCUUGUUUAGGAUUAAGUCCAACAUGGUACAAAGUAAAUAUGUGUAGGAUUACAUUGUAAAUGGCAAUUAUAUCUAUAUGAAGGGCCUGGAUUAUUUGUACAACUGUUUGAAACGUAUUGCUUAUUAUAUAUUAUUUAUCAUUUAGUUUCACUUGCCCAAAUUCAAUAAUUUAUAUAUAACUAUUUGCUUAGUGAUAAGAGGAUCAAACAGUUACAAAUGAAAGGAAACAGCACUUUGCAUUCAUGGUUUCAAUAUCUUCAGAGAUGAUGUAUACUGGUGCCACAAAGCUUUCUCUCAUUUUUUUGGAAAAUAACUGUAAUUAGGGAAACAACUUGAAUCUAAAGUAAUAAGUAUGUAACAAAACUCCUAUCCAUAAUCAUUGGGCAUUUUUAGUGAUAGUCAAAUUUGCCCUUAUCCCAGUGAUUAGAGCUCCAUAAAUUAAAAUUCCCAAUAACCUAUUGUUCAACCUUUAUUAUGCCAACAUGAUGUGGUCACCAAUACCUAAUGCUAGUUUCACAACUUCUUGCUUCUAAACACACAAUAACACGUUGAGGUACAAGAACAUUUCUUCUUCAGUUUUUGUUUUUAGUUACAAUCCUUAGUUUUUAUAAAUUUCUAUGCAUUUGUAAAGCUUUCAUUAUGAAGACUGCACUUCUCUUUGUACACUCUUAUUGGAAAAAAUUGGAAUAUAUGGAUUAUGCAGCCCAGCCCGUUUGAAAAGCAGAGGAUCAGCAUUUGUAAUACAAGAGCACAUUUUUGACACUAUUCUAUAGUAAUUCCUUUUUGCCUCAAACAGAAUCAAACAGAAGAACAGGAUUAUUGUUUCUAUAAGGACUGGCAGAGAUCUGGCAAGCAUCUAAAUAAGGAAUAAACUCCUUUGGAAGCCAAACUUCCUCAGAAAAUAUUGGUACAUAACUUGCAGCAUAGGUUUUGAACAAAAAUUUACGCUGCAAAUUUCCAACUCUAGUUAUCAUUAAUUAGCAUAGUUCCAGUUGUACCUGGAUAACUUAUUAUAAUUAACUUAAUUAUAUUUUCUACUAACAAGAAUUUGGAAAUGCUUGCUAGAAUUUUUCACUGAAAUAACCACUGCAGUGAUAAACUUGUCAAUAAACAAAGGAAAAUACAUGAGCUCCAGUCUAUUAUAUGUCUCUUAAAGACAUAUAAAAAUGUUAUUAUAACUCCACCCCCAUAGACAAGGAUUUCAAAAGAGAACACUAUGGAAUGCCUCUUUGAUGGCUAUAGCUGAUCAGUAAAUGCCCUUUAAAAAUUCUAAUUGUGCAUCUCGCUCCCAUAGUGCUUUGAACUUGAUGUUUAUUGAAGAUUGUAUUACAUAUACCUAGGCCAUCUGUCACAAUAAUUUUGAAACCAUGUCAAAGUAUUUAUUUGAGAGUCCAAAUUAAAAUUUACACCAGGUAAGCAUAAGCUGUUGAUUCAGUUUAAAUCAAAUCAGCCAAUUUUAUUUACAUCCAGAAGGCCCAUAAGCAACUUACAAACACAAUAUAAAUUUAAGUAUUUUACUUACUAAACUGUUUUAUCCAAUGUCAAAUUUAGAUUAUAGUUGCAAGUUGCUUUUGGGUCUUUUGGCUGUAAAUAAAAUUGAUUGAUUUAACUAAAUGUACCUCUUUUUUCGGGAUUCUGUACUUAGAGUUCAAGGGUAAGUUGCACAGUAAAUUGCCGGGACUUUUAAACCUUCUCAACUUCCACUGAAAUUGUUAUCUGCUGCGUUAACUUGAUGAUCUCAUAACAACAAAAAACGUUUCCGUCCCAACUAUGCACGUACAUCUCACGGUUUCAGUUCUUUUCUUUAAACUUUCAACAAAAGCAUAAACUGGUUCUGUGUUUCUGUCAUUUUCAUAAUGAAACUUGUAUGAUUUUCCAUUAGUAAUACAACAAUUAUGAUUUACAGUGUUUCUCUUCCUCUGUUUAACAAAUACUCGCAAAUGUUAUGCUGUGCUGUUGUUUGUGUUUUUGAAGGCACUUCCAUUCAACAAAGUGUGACAACUAAGUCUGAAUCUGAAGGGUAUAGUUUUAAUAAGGAGUUCAUCAAGAUAUUACACAAUGAAAAGGAAUUCUGAUACAAACCAUAAACCGAUCUGGUAUUUCCAGUUCGCAGUAAAAUAAAUCAUAUUAGGUUAAAUAUAAUUAUUACAUCAUUAUAAAAAUAUCUAUAUAGAAAUAGGACCUAGCUACCAAAAAAAUUUAUCACUAAUUUUUAAUUCAAUUUUAUUAUAAUUCAAUUACAUUAAGCAGAGCUCAGCAACUAGUAAAUGUGAAUUGUACUAUAUAAUCAAAGAAAUGUUCGACUUUCAUUUCCCAAGUAGAAACUCAUGUUGCAUUUUAAUUUGUUUAAAAAUUAAGUGGAAUUUUAAUAAGUUUGUAAUCCAUAGAUUGCUGCUCUGAAAUAUAUAUAUAUAUAUAAUUCUAUUGGGCAUUCUGAAAGUCUUUGGAUCCCAGCCAUCAACACUAGAGAUGCAGUACUGUGGUAUAAAUAUGCAAAAAGUUAUCGAUGAAAUAUGACUUUUAAGCUUGAAAAUAGAAGUACCCUGAAAAGCCAGCACCGCUCUUAGGAACCUGUUUCAGCAUCAGAAUGUGGCUUGUUUUACAUAUUUUAAAUGAGUUUACAGGUAUCCUUCAACUUGUGACGAUUCAGUGACCAUUCAGAAUUACAAUGGCGCUGAAUAAAGGGACUUAUGACCUAUACCGAAACUUAUGGCCACUGCAGUGCCCCCGUGGUCAUGGGAUCACAAUUCUGGCACCCAUACAAUCAACAUCAGGGAUGCUGCAGUUGCCCCUACUUGCCUAUCUUCCUCCCACCCACCCCAUUGCUUCCCAACUUGCUGGGUCCCACACCUCACCAUGCACUUACCUCUAUCAAAGAUUGCCUUUUCCAAAGAAAAAUAGCUGAUAUAUCAUGCAGCUUUCCUAUAUAAAACUGGCUUGGUGCCAUCUUGGAAACGUGCCGUUUUGAGAGAUUCUCAGAUUUCAAGAAUUGUGGCCACUUCUAAAUUGGCACCAGUUUCUGGAAUGGUAUCAGACAACUUCUAUACAGGUGAAUGUGAUGAUGAAUUGCUGCUUCUCUUUCUGAAAGACAAUUUCUGAAGGUUGUCAUUUAGAAAGAGAAUCAGCUGAUGUGACACACAACAAUCUUGCACAUUGGCACUCGCCUCCAGAGUGACACAAAGUGGCCUCUGUAGUUAGGCUGCAUGUCAUAUUGGGAUUGGGCGCUCUUUUGGAAAGGUGAACUUUAGAAAAGAUAAGUGGAGUGAGGCAGGAGAGGAGACACAAGAGUGCGGGACCCAGGGAGUAGGAAGCUGAGGAAGGAGUGUCUCAAGAAGUGGGGAGACCUGAUGCAGGGCAUGUGUGAGCUGGGGAGGUACUGCAUUGUAGUCCUGCAUUAGGUGUCCCCACACCAGCUAUGGCAUUGUACAUUCUGCUUAACAAUUACCAUGGGGAAAGCUGGUAUUCUGGUCAUAAGCAAGGUGAUCACAUGGGACAUCUCACUAACAACUGCAAUAACAAAUAUAAUUCCAAGUUCGAGGACUACCUGUAUAUAUUUACAGGAGUAUAAUUUCUGUUCUAAUGGCAGAAUGUGAAGAUCAAGUUUCUUGAUGAGGGUGAAAGAUGAGAAUGCAAAAAUUGGUUUGAAACUCAACAUUAAAAAAACUGGAUUAUGGCAUCCGGUCUCAUCACUUCCUGACAGAUAAGAGAAGAAAUGGAAGCAGUGACAGAUUUUAUUUUCUUGGCCCCCAAUACCAUUGCAGACGGUGACUGUAGCCAUGAAAUUAAAAGACUCUUGCUCCUUGGGAGGAAAGCUGUGGCAAAGCUAGGCAGCAUAUUAAAAAGCAGAAACAUCACCAUGCCAACGAAGGUCUGUAUAUGGUUUUCUCAUUAGUAAUGUAUAACUGUGAAAGUUGGACAUAAGGAAGGCUAAGCACUGAAGAAUUGAUGCUUUUUAAUUGUGGUGUUGGAGGAGACUCUUGAGUGUCCCCUAGACUGCAAGAAGAUCAAAUCAAUCUUUGGACAGAUACUGAAGCUGAAGUUCAAAUACUUUUGCCACCUAAUGUGAAGAGAUGAUUCAUUGGACCCUGAUGUUGGGAAAGAUUGAAGGCAAAAGGAGAAGGGGACAGCAGAGGAUGAGAUGAUUAGAUAGUGCCAGCAAUGAACAUGAAUUCGAGCAAACUCUAGUAGAUGGUAGAGGACAGGAGAACUUGGCGUGCUAUGGUCCAUGGGAUUGUCAAAGGUCUGAGACAAUUUAGCAACUGAACAACAAAAAUAAUUUCCGUGGGGGAAAAAGCUUGUAGCAUGGAGAACUAUUGUACAUAUUCCUAAAGCAUCUGCAAUAUUUUGGGUGGGGGAAUCUUAAUUAGAAGCAAAAAGGCAUUUGUUAGAUGUCUUUACAACUGUGUGUUUGAUGUCAUAAAAAUAUUCCAAGGAGUGAUAUUUUCCCAUUUCAUACAGUACAUUGCAAUACGACCUACUGUAUUAUAUACUGUUGUGUGCACCUAAUAGGGUUCAAUAAAUAAUCACCACACCAGAAAAGUACAAAAUGUUUCAUUUCAACUUUAAACCAAUUUUGACAUCAUUGAAAAAAUAUAAUUACAAAAUGACAUAAAUGUAUCUGCCAUGUUACCACAACUUAAUGAAAACAAUGUUCUUAAUAAGGACUAAUUUGUUAAAUACAUAUUGAAAUAUCAAUAACUAGCAUUCUGUCAAAAUGGUCCAAUAAUGAAGUUAUUAUUUUAGGAUUACGGUAGUUCAAACUUGAAUGUUAUAAAAUAAUAGUUUUCAUGCUUGUAUGAAGAUGCCAUCAAAAAAUUAAUACCAGAUAAAGAACUGCCAAAGCAAAUUAAAUAUUAAGUGCAAUAUUUUUCAAUGAAAUUAUGUACCAAUUAAAUCCUCAUGAAUUAUUUUAAAAGUGCAUGCAUUGUUCACAUAUUUCUUACAAUUAUAAACUAUCAAGUCAAAAGCAACAAUAUUGGGCACACUUCCAAGUUAGUUGAGUAGCAUCUGUUGGAUUAAAUAUGGAUAAACAUUAAUAUUUGACAUUCCAUAUUUUUAUAUAUGAGUUGCAGUAGUUAUUGCUACUAUGGUACUUUUUCUUAUAAAUACAGGUAAUAUGUAGAUGAGAGUAUGCAGAUUAGGAGAAAAUGUAUUUCCUUCUUUAAUUUUACUGCAUAAAAAGAUUAAUAAAAUGCCUUGCUAGAAUUAGUGUGGAAUGUCAUUAGAGUAACAGGUCUAACAGCCGUAGUUUCUUGUUUGACCUUAUUAGUUCCAAGAUGACUGGGGAGUGCGAUUCCUCCAUAGCUGUGAUUAAUAAUUAGAAAUUCAGAGUACCAAGUUAUGGAAAAUCAGUAUGCAUUUCUCUUCUCUGCAUAAUUACCUGCUUUGAUACAUACAUAGCCUAAAUUAAUAGUAAUUUCUAAUGCCAGGGGCAGCCAAAGCUCUGGUAAUAGUUUCAAUUAAUAUAGUAACAUGAGAGAAGAGUUUUCUCAUGUUAUUGUAUUUUUUUAAUCAGGCAGAUGUCUAUGGAGAUUCUCAGACAUCCAGGUCAUGGUUGUCCCAAAAGUACUUUUCAAAAGGCAACUGGCCUUUGUUUUUUUCUUGAAGAUGUUUUGCUUCUCAUCCAAGAAGCUGAAGAAGGUUCUUGGUGAGAAGCAAAAUGUCUCCAAAGAAAAAACAAAAACCAGUUGCUGUUUAAAAAAGCACUUUUGGGAGUUAUCAGGCAGGGCAAAUUACUGAUUUAAAAUUCCCUCCCCUUUUCCCCCUUUUUGAAACCCUAAUAAUCUAUUAUUAUUAUUAUUAUUAUUAUUAUUAUUAUUAUUAUUAUUAACAACAACAACAACAACAACAAUGGAUUUUAGUGGUAUUGUUUGGUGAGAAACAAAACUUUAAGCUAUAAAAGAGGCAGCAACAAAAUCUCCCUCCACAGACAAAACAGAAAACUCCAGGUAGCCCUGCAUACUAAAUGGCAAUACCCAUUCAUUCGUGUCCAACUUUUGGUGAUUCUAUGGGCCAAGUCUCUCCAGAUCUUCUGAUCUUGCAUUAGAGGUAGUCCUUGUUUUAGGAUGGUUCAUUUAGUGACCUUUCAAAGUUACAACAGCACUGAAAAAAGUGAUUUAUGACCAUUUUUCACACUUAAAACCUUUACAGCAUCCCUGGAUACACCUGAUCAAAAUUCAGACACUUGGUAACUGAUUCAUAUAUGUGACCGUUGCAGUGUCCUUUGGUUACAUGAUCUCCUUUUGCGACCUUCUAACAAGUAAAGUCAAUGGGGAAGCCAUUAACACACUUAACAACUGUGUUACUAACAACUGUGGCAGGAAAGGUCUUGAAAUGAGGCAAAAUUCACUUAACAUGUAUCUCACUUAGCAACAGAAAUUUUGGGCUCAGUUAUGGUCAUGAAGUCCAGGACUACCUGUACUUCUUUGCCUGCAUACUAAGCCUCCCUGAAAUCUGUUUAAUUUCAGCUGUCAAAAACAUUGUACCUGGAUUGAUUUGGAGAUGAAUCAAGUCCUUGUUUACAAUAGGGUUAGACUUUGCUCUGGAUCUUAUUAUUUGCUCUUGGCAGUUCAAAGUACAGGAAGUCCUUGACUUACAGCCAGACUUGAGCCCAAAAUUUCUGUUGCAAAGUAAGUAAAUUUUGCCUCAUUUUAAUAAGUAAAGUUUGCCUCAUUUUGCAGCCUUUCUUGCUGCAGUUGUUAAGUGAAUCACUGCAACUGUUGCAUUAGUAAUAGAGUUGUUAAAUGAAUCUAGUUUCCCCUUUGUCAGGUCACAAAAGGUGAUCACAUGACCCUGGAACACUGCGACUGUCAUAAAUAUGAGUCAGUUGCUAAGCGUCUGAAUUUGGUUUAUGUGACCACUGGGAUGCUGCAAUGGUCAUAAGUGUGAAAAAGGGUCAUAAGUUUUUUUUUCCCAGGGCCAUUGUAACUUUGAAUGAGCUGCUCUAAGCUGAGGACUACCUGGAUGUGCAAUUUUUGUUACCAUUAUAAUCGCAUUAUUCCAAAUCAGGAAUGUAAACCGUUCUAAGUCUGCACUACUAUUAAUCUUCUCAUCCUUCCUAUCACCCAUCUCCUCCCACUUAUGACUUUAUGACUGCCACCUUGUUGCUAGUAUUCUUACGAUUUAUAUUGGCUGUUUCCUAAUAUGAUUUGAUUGCUUAUUUGUUCCCUACGGCUAUCAUUAAGUGUUGUUCCUUAUGAUUCUUGACGAAGAUAUUUUUCUUUUAUAAACACUGAGAGCAUAUGCACCAAAGACAAAUUCCUUGUGUGUCCAAUCACACUUGGCCAAUAAAGAAUCGUAUUCUAUUGAGAAGAAACUAUGAUUGAAGCAGCCUGUUAACAUAAAAUAGUGAAGGUCUACAAGUCUUUUGAGAUUUCGGUUAGCGGUCUGCCAUAUAUAACCCCGCCCCCCCCCACGGGAACCAACUUAACCUCUGAGGUAGAUUUGGUCAAUGGCCGACAAUACAUCGCUUAAUCCAUUCUCUCUCUUGCCGCUACGGCCCAAGAACGGGCGCUCCGAAACCGCCACAACUUCCAAUUCCCACUAAAGUAUCUUUAUUCCCCUUCUCACCAUGGGCAAAAUCCCGUGUAUUAAAUCGCGGGAUCGCAAUAAACGGAUUUCUCGGUCUCUAGUUCUCAAGAGGCAUCGGGGGGGGGGGGGAAAGGAGAGCCCGUUUCCACCAAACCAUCCGGAACAAAACAAAACAAAAACACGGUCUCGGAGAUCAGGAAGGCCCGCCGUC